AAUGUGUCCACCUUGGAGACCGCCAUGCAGCUGAUGAUCCAGACCUUCCAUAAGUAUUCUGGAGACGAGGGCGACAAAUACACCCUGAGCAGAGCAGAGCUCAAAGUGAUGCUCUCUGCAGAGCUGGGCAACUACCUGGGGAAUGCCCAGGACAAGGAAGCAGUGGACAAGGUGAUGGGGGACCUGGAUGCCAACAAUGAUGGAGAGGUGGACUUCACUGAGUUUGUUAUUCUGGUGGGGGCGCUCACCGUCGCCUGCAACGACUUCUUCCUGGAGUACAACGACAAGGGGGAGAAGAAGUGAACACAACACACACAUGUACACAACACACACAU